AUUGUUGGGCGAUUUCCAACCGAGAUAGUGUUGUAAUAAGUCACGUGAGUAAGGGGCGGAAGUUGGAUACAAUUUUAACAUGGCUGCGCCGCGAUAAGAAAAUAAGAACCUAGCUGCGCCUCACAAAAACAUAACGGUUUACCUUCGUCCGAACAGUUUUUCAGAGAGCAUCAAGACAUGUUGACGCUAGUGUUUAAGCUAGUGGCAUAAAGUUCAAGAGCAGAUCUGACAUCAACACAGGACCCGAGAUAGAUAGAUAGAACCUCGCCAAUCUCGACUCAUCACUGAGUUGACCAGCUACCAGCAGCUGUGAUGUCUCUAGCUGACCCCACUUCUGACACCACGCCCUUCUUCUCUGAUGACAGCGAGGCGGAAGGCUCAGAAGAGCCUGGUGCGGGGCCUAGCCAGCGCCGGGAAGUGGAAGAGCCAGCCAGCGGCGUGUCCAGCAUGAGAUCGGUGUUCACUGUUAUCGUCCUGUGUUUCAUCAACCUGCUCAACUACAUGGACAGAUUCACCGUGGCUGGUGUUCUGCCCGACAUUGAGCAGUACUUUGGGAUCAAUGAUGGGAAGUCAGGCCUGCUCCAAACAGUCUUCAUCUGCAGCUACAUGUUCCUGGCUCCUGUCUUUGGUUACCUGGGCGACCGGUACAACAGGAAGGUGAUCAUGAGUGUGGGCAUCGGCUUCUGGUCCGUGGUGACGCUUGCCAGCUCCUACAUGGCCAGAGAAUAUUUCUGGCUCCUGUUGUUGACACGUGGCCUCGUGGGGGUUGGAGAGGCCAGUUAUUCCACUAUCGCCCCAACCAUCAUCGCUGACCUGUACGUCAAGGAGAGGAGGACGCAGAUGCUCUCUGUCUUCUAUUUCGCCAUUCCAGUGGGCAGUGGUCUGGGCUACAUCGUGGGGUCAAAGGUUGAUGACAUAGCAGGGGACUGGCAUUGGGCCCUGCGGGUGACUCCUGUGUUAGGACUGGUAGCGGUGGUGUUGCUGCUGUUCGUGGUGAAAGAGCCAAAGAGGGGUGCUAUCGAGGCCCGACCGGAGCACACCCUCCAAAGGACCAGCUGGCUGGGUGACAUGAAGGCCCUUUGCAGAAACCCCAGCUUUGUGUUGUCUACGUUUGGCUUCACAGCAGUGGCCUUUGUGACUGGCUCCUUGGCACUCUGGGCCCCGGCCUUCCUCUUCAGAGCUGCUGUCUUCACCGGAGAAAGGCCCCCCUGCGUUAAGGGGCCCUGUGACACCUCCGACAGCCUGUACUUUGGCAUCAUCACAGUUGUGUCGGGGAUCCUGGGUGUGGCCAGUGGUGCAGAGGUCAGUAGGAGACUGAGGUUGAGGACGCCGAGGGCUGACCCCCUGGUUUGUGCUCUAGGACUCCUGCUCUCAGCGCCCUUCCUCUACCUCGCCAUCGUCUUCGCUCGGGCCAGCCCCAUUGCCACCUACGUGUUUAUAUUCCUGGGAGAGACCUUCCUGUCUAUGAACUGGGCCAUUGUAGCGGACAUCCUGCUGUACGUGGUGGUCCCCACACGUCGCGCCACGGCUGAGGCCUUACAGAUCGUUCUCUCUCACUUGCUUGGAGAUGCUGGGAGUCCUUAUCUCAUAGGCGUGGUGUCAGACUCUCUGAAGCAGACUGACUCGUACCUGUGGCAGUUCCGGUCUCUCCAGCUCUCCCUGCUCACCUGCUCUUUUGUGGCAGUGGGGGGCGGGGCUUUCUUCCUGGCCACCGCCCUCUUCAUCGAGAAGGACCGCCAACGUGCCACAAACUACACACCGUCAGAUGAUGAACCAAUUGUUGUACCGAAGAGCGGCAGGUCCGCGAGGGUGCCAGUGUCCAACGUUUUAAUUUGAGAUUAAAGGGACGUUGGAGGCUCCUGUGGAAUAUGCUGCACCCUGAUUGGUCCCUGUUUCAGUGACCAAUCACGCAGCAGUGUUUUUACAAUUAGGGUCUUUGAUUGGACAAUGCCCUAUACAGAGACUUGUAUUUAUUAUUGGUAACGUUUGAGGUGAUAUAGUUUUUAAUACCUUUAUCUGCUGAGGAACAUGGCAGAGUCAGAGCUGCCAAACAUUUCCACUCAUCAUUUCCUGGUGUUUUUGUAGUGACCAACCAGAUAUUCCACUUCUGACUGGCUUCACGUGUUGGCAUGACAACAUGAGACAAAGUGGCUUAUGAGAAAUGUAUGCAGAGUAGUAAAUGGGAAGUCAAAGAGCCACAUCAGUGGAAGACUAACCUCUGUGGCUGGAAGAGGUGACCGGAUAGAAGAAAGCACAAGAGAGGACUUCAGAAGAGAGGCAGCUACUUUACCUGAGGGAGAGAAGGAAGCAGAAAGCUUUUUUGCGUUCCGAUGUGUCACAGAUAGGGGUGUCACUCUUAGACAGACGCUCAUCCGUUACUCCACAGGGACCAUAUGUCGACGGUAGAGACCUCCGUGGAAAACCGGCAGGAUAUUUUUCACCCCAGUGCUCUGAUUGAGUUGUAACCACUACAUCCCAACUACUGCUGCUGUACUUCUUGCUUGGGUCUGAAACGCAGAGAUCUGAUUGGCCACGGAAUAACUACGUCCGGCCCAUUUCGAAGCCGUUCCGACCAGUGCUGUCGUCCUCCCUUCAACAAACUUAAGACUGUAAAUAUUAUGCUUGUCCGCUCAGUGUAACCACAUACUACAUACAGUAUCCAACUGAAAAAAAGGGAGUUGGCAGGCACAGGACCGUGGGAGCCGCAUUGUACUCCAAACCCACCGAUCGGUUGUGGGAUGUUGCAUUUUUAACAGAUUAAGCCUAAUCAUGCUUGUUGUUUUUAGACCCGUUUGGUAUAUUAUAAUAAUAACACUAGAUUUGUACCUCAGUUACCUAGAAUGUGGUGGAGGGAGAUAAUCUAAGGUUUUUUAAGACCCUUUUUUUAUUUUAGCAAUUACUGGUGUUUUUCUGGAAUGAUCCUGGCGGUCAGUUGUACUUUAUAUGAGGUCACAAAAUCCAGAGUCACUGAUGUCACAACGACCAGGAGAUCAAAUCAGGUCCAUUACAGUUUAAUUGUCUAAGGAAAAUGUAUAUCCCUUUUUUAAUGAAGGCGAUUGUUACAUUCUUAAAAAAAAAAAAAAAUGUAUUGGUUAUUUUGGAAAGUGAAGCCUUAAAAUGACUAGUUCUGUUUUUAACUUGAAUUUGAUGUAAACUUUCGUUGAAACAUUAAACGAUGAGAAUGGACCGUU